AUUUAUGUUUCAAGAUCUUUUAAUCGAUGCAUAUCAGAAAGAGAAUAAAAUAAUCAGAAAAGAUAAAUAUGAUAUCUAUUUAAUUGAUAGAACUGCCAAGAAUACUCAAAUUUUUUCUGAAAUUCUUAUUGAUGAUAAGUUGAAACUUGAUUAUUUUAAAAAGAAAUUGAAAAGGGAAGAACAAAUUAAUGCUAAAUUUAAUUUCUUUAUCAAAUGUUUACCUGAAAUUUGUUAUGAAUGA